AUGAUUUGCGGGGCAACACAGUCAAUUCUUUCCGAGCAUGCCAAUUUGCAUCGCCAGCUGAAGCGAAGGAGUGCUGAUGUCGGGGGGCUUCACCUUGCAACGGGCAACAGCGGACAGGGGAAAGGAUGGGUUGGGACUGAGGUCGAGACGAAAUAUGCCGAGUUGCUUAGCGAUAUGUACAAUCAGACUCUGAAUGCUGUUAACGAACACAGUUCCACAUUCGUGCCAACUUCGCUGCCCAAACAAACUCGAUCGAGGCUCAUCCGGUCGCUCGAUUGCUGGCAUUUCGAGCCUCACCGGUUGCCAGAAGAGGAGGUCUUAGCCUGUGGUAUGAUGCUCUUCGAGGCUCUCUAUCGAAUAGAGGGGAUGGAACAGACGAUUGGGAUAUCCUUGAAGCAAAUAUCGGCUUUCCUGCACCAUCUACGUAAAAUAUACCGCUAUGAAAACACCUACCACAACUAUGAACACGCCCUAGACGUCCUACAAGCAACCCAAUGCUAUCUUGUUGCAGCCGACAUGGUUCCACCGGUUACCAUUCUGCUCGAACCAGGCAGGAUCUGGAGAUCCUCACGAGCACCCGACGACAACUCCCUGGUCAACCUCUUACGUUUACGUGAUAUUUUCGCCAUUUACAUUGCAGCCAUUGGCCAUGAUGUUGGACAUCCCGGGUUUACGAAUGUUUUCAUGAAAAACGCACAGACACCCCUGUCGAUAGUCUUUGACGGCCACUCGGCUUUGGAGCAGCUGCAUUGUCAGCUACUUCUCCGCGUCAUGCGACACCAUGGACUGGGCGUUCUGUUAGAUGACCCCCAAGAGGGGGUUAACUUCCGGAAACUCUUAUCGAAGACGGUACUUGCUACCGACAUGAGCGUUCACGAAGACUUUAUGCAGCGAUUCCAAGACGAGUUGGAUGGUCGACCGACCGAGUUGGCGGUUCGACGGGUCCUCAUCUCCCAAGCCCUACUGAAAAACGCCGAUAUCAGCAAUCCGAGCCGGCCAUUUCCUGUUGCGCAACACUGGGCAACAGCUCUCAUGCAGGAGUGGCUCGCGCAAAAGAAGCUGGAGGAACACUUCUCGCUAGAACAUAGUGUUCAGCCCUCCGAAGACCCUUUGGUCGUUUCCAAAUCCCAAAUCUUCUUCAUCUCCAAAUUUGCGAAGCCUUUAUUAGACAUCACGGCGAAAGCUGUCCCUGAAAUGGUGCGGUAUGCGCAGCAUUGCGACAUGAAUCUCGAGCGGUGGUUAAAUCGCAAAGCGGAGCUCGAGGCUGCUGUUGAUUCAAACUCUCCUCCACCGACCUCUCCCAACCCAACAUCACCCCGGCAACCCAGCGAUUUCCAAUCUGCUUUCCCUCUGACGCUGCCACAAGCACCCUCAGUCCUCUUCUCCACUCCAUCCGUUAGCAUGGCCAACUCUGUGGCGUCUCCGGAUUCCAUUCCAACAUCUCCGUCCGACAGUGCCGUUUCCUUCUUCUCGCCGGUCUCCGAUAUGACCAACCCGUUUGCAGCCCAACGACGCUCCCCCACCAGCUCGACCAGCAGUAACAGCAGUGCAAUACGAGCAGCAGGUAAAAUCGGCAUACGGCAAUUACGGAAUCCCAAUCGAAAUUCGUGGUGUGUGCCAUCCGGCUAUUUCAGCACACAGACCACAGGGUCGAUUGCCAACCUUUCUCCUCUCUCUUCAUCGCCGCUUUCGGCGAUUGACGGCCAAAAUUCACCUCCCUUCCCUGCACCACCACAGCCCGCGCCCCCGCCGACCACGAAGCCUCAUGUGAAUGGAACUCAUGAACAGGUUCUGCUUUCGGCUCCUAUCGCCAAACGCAGCAUUUCGGAGAACGCGGUGCAGGACAAGACCAUGGUUACCAAUGGGCACAUUCCCACUCGCACCAAGACCGACGAUCGAACGCCUCCAUAG